UGCAAAACAGUGGCAUCUUUACAUUCCACCCAGUCAUGUCUUUUCACACACUAUAGCUUCUUUCAUCUUCUUAUUGGAGGAGAGAAGAGAGACCAUCUUCUGAAAAUCUAAACAAUGGGUGGUUCAUUUUUUAACAGAAUCUUAGUACCUUCCUCUUCUGCUGACCCAUGUUCAAGGGCUUGUAGGGUUGCCCUUCUGAUUUGUUGUUGUUUGUCGGUUUUGGUCGAGUCGUCUCUGGGAUCCAAAACCAGGCAUUUCAAAUGGGAAGUUGAGUACAUGUACUGGUCUCCCGACUGUGUCGAGGGUGUGGUGUUGGGGAUCAAUGGGCAGUUUCCGGGGCCAACUAUCCGCGCUCGAGCGGGAGACAUUGUUAAUGUUGAACUUAAAAACAAGCUUACUACUGAAGGAGUUGUCAUUCACUGGCAUGGUAUCAGACAGCAAGGAACACCAUGGGCUGAUGGAACUGCAUCCAUUUCACAAUGUGUUAUUAACCCAGGAGAAACCUUUGUCUAUAGAUUCAAAGUUGAGAGGGCGGGAACAUAUUUUUACCAUGGACACUAUGGGAUGCAAAGAGCAGCAGGGUUAUAUGGGUCAUUGAUAGUUGACGUGGCAAAGGGAGAGAAAGAGCCAUUCCAUUACGAUGGAGAGUUUAACAUACUAUUGAGUGAUUGGUGGCACGAAAGCGUUCAUGAACAAGAGCUCGGCCUCUCUUCCAAGCCAUUUCGUUGGAUUGGUGAACCCCAGACUUUGCUGAUGAAUGGUAGAGGACAGUACAAUUGUUCUCUAGCUGCGCAUUAUAGCAAUUCUUCAUCCAGUCAGUGCAUGUUUAGGGGUAACGAACAGUGCGCACCCCAGAUCCUCCGAGUGAUUCCAAACAAAAUCUACAGGCUCAGGGUUACCAGCUCCACCUCACUCGCAUCUCUCAACUUGCAAAUUUCGAAUCACAAGAUGGUGUUGGUUGAAGCUGAUGGAAACUACCUACAACCAUUCGCGGUGGACGAUAUGGACAUUUACUCCGGUGAGAGCUACUCUGUUCUAUUCACUACCGAUCAAAACCCUUCCAACAACUACUGGGUUUCAGUAAGUGUAAGAGGUCGAAAACCCAACACCACUCAAGCACUAACAAUGCUUAACUAUCACAACACAACGUCUGCCUCAAAACCUCCACCAUCACCGCCACCAGUCGCUCCUCUAUGGAACAACUACACCCACAGCAAAUUAUUCACCAAAAAAGUUCUAGCCCUAAUGGGAAACCCUAAUCCACCUCCGACCACCCAUCACCGCCGUAUCAUCCUCCUCAACACCCAAAACUACAUCGAUGGUUACACCAAAUGGGCCAUCAACAACAUCUCUUUAGUCCUACCUGCCACGCCUUACUUGGGUUCGAUAAAAUACAAUCUAAACAACGCUUUCGAUCACAAAACCCCCCCGGCAAACUUCCCAAGCAACUAUGAUGUCAUGAAACAAGCCCAAAACCCAAACUCAACGUACGGGAGUGGAGUCUACAUGCUCAGUUUCAACACCACAGUAGAUAUAAUCCUUCAAAAUGCCAACGCAUUGGCCGUGAACACGAGUGAAAUCCACCCGUGGCACUUACACGGCCAUGAUUUUUGGGUUUUGGGAUACGGAGAGGGAAAGUUUUCGAAUGAGAAUGAUGAAAAAAGCUUUAAUUUGAAAAACCCGCCUUACAGGAACACCGCGGUGGUGUUUCCAUUCGGAUGGACUGCUCUGAGGUUUGUGGCGAAUAAUCCAGGAGUGUGGGCUUUUCAUUGUCAUAUAGAACCUCAUUUGCAUAUGGGUAUGGGGGUUGUGUUUGCUGAAGGUGUCCGACGGCUUGGGAAGAUACCAAACGAGGUCUUAACUUGUGGGUUGACAGGGAAGAUGUUCUUGAACAACAAGAAUGAUUGAGACUAAGUUGUAACUUGUUAUUGCACUAUUAAGAGUAGUAAGUAUUGUGUGUUGAUGUUCAAUGUGGUGAAGAAGAGGACAAAGUAAAAUUUAGUGAUCGAUGAAGGUUUUUUGUUUAUGAUAUUAUAUCUAUCUAUUUAUCUGUCUACUAUUAUAAAAUGAGGACAAACACUACUUUGUUUUUCUCUAUUUAAUUUUUCUUAUUGUUGUGUCAAAUUUAUUUGUCUCUGUUUUGUAACCUUUUUGAUAAGCAUGUGACCAUGUGGCUUUGCGGAGUGUUAAA